CAGAAUUCUUAGCGAAUUCAAAAUGGCGCCUUGUCAAUGACAGUAGAGACACCGGUACGCUAAAUAUUGUGGAUAUUUUGUGUUUUAAGGCGUCAUCAUAUGUCUUUAACAGCAUGACACUAAUUAGAGUAGUGAAACAAAUACAGAGAAAAUCUCUCCAAUGUAGGUUUUCAUCGGAUAGCUCAGCACUACGAAAAGGGCCCGAGUGUAAAUGGUUGUGUGGAUCGUCUCAGGAAAUUGUGUCCGCAGUACGUGGACAAGUGGAAGUUAGGCAGAACUUCAUCAGCGAGGAAGAGGAGAAUGCCCUUUUUAAAGAAGUAGACCCAGGACUUAGAAAAAAACGAUAUGAAUUUGACCACUGGGACGAUGCUAUCCACGGCUACAGAGAAACAGAGCGGCUGCAGUGGGGAGUUAUGGGUGAAAGCAUCUUAAAGCGGGUGAGAGCGGUUGCAUUUCCUGAAGGCAGUCCACUGCUUGGGCCGAUUCAUGUUCUGGACCUGGACAAAGAGGGCUAUAUCAAACCCCAUAUUGACAGUGUGAAGUUCUGUGGAAGCACUAUUGCGGGGCUGAGCCUGCUAUCUGAUAGUAUUAUGCGUCUGGUCCCAGAAAAUAAUUCCACAGAUCGGGUGGACUUGCUUCUGAGUCGGCGCUCACUUUAUAUUUUGAGGGAUGAUGCUCGUUUUAAAUUCACCCAUGAAAUCCUGAAAGAUGAAGAUUCCUUUUUCUCAGGGCAGAAGGUUCCACGUCAUCGCCGCAUCUCCGUGAUCUGUCGAAACCUGCCUGCGUAAAAGAAUUGAGACUGGACUGACCAUAGCACCGGUCUUGGAAACACUGUGGCACACUGGUCUAGAAGUUGACACAUUGUUCACCUUUCAGAUACUCUCAUAUAGAUCAAUCAAUCAGAUGCAUUUUUCCUGGAAUAAACACAAAGAAACUGUGUGGAAACAAUGGGUAGCAUAACAUUCAGCUCACUGAAAUGUGGUUUUAAAUACCUCUGGACGAUUUAUGAAGGGGAGGGAUUUGAUUUAUGCAAUUUAUUAUGUAAAAUGAGUGGGUAAAAGAAAAGAGGACAGUCAUGGAACUGCUUCAGUUUCUAUUUACAAUGUCUAUGAAUAAAUAUUUCCUGCUAUCCA